CAAUGCAGAAUCAUUGCAAUCACAGCAUUCGAAUCGUGAGAACAUUUCCUAUACAAGGAUCUUUAGCAACAUAUCCUCAACAGUAUGAAGGUCAUCAAUGUAGUCCUGGUUGCUCUCAUCCUGGCUUUGGCUUCAGCUCGUCCUCAGUUCGAACGCGGCUCAAUUUAUGCGCCCAGUGGGCGAUUCGCCAUGACUGACAAUUGGGCAGCUCCACCUGUGGACCUGAGUCUACCCGUUAUAUUCCUGCCAGAGGCAACGCCCAUUAGGGAAACGCCACAGGAACCAAUGCUCACAUCACGUCCGCGUCCCUUGAAAAAGAAUUGAAGUGCU